GCAACUUCUAUUGAUACUUUCAAAAUCCGGCAAACUAACGAAAUAGUACAUGUUUUCCGCAAAUACGUCUAAUCACUAUCAGACGUGUUCAAGUACAGUGUCAUGGUUUAAAAUAAACUAAAAGCAAAUAUGAGAUACACUUUAUGGACUAUUGUUAAUUUUGGAAACGUGAAAACAUAUCACGCAGCAGCUACUAUUGCCUAAAGCGGAAGUAUCUAGGCGUGUGACUGUGUGGGUGUGAUAUUUUAAUAGUGAAGGAUCCUAAUAAACCACAAAGGGACAUAGAUGCAUAAUUGUUAUGGAUAACUGUAUCCUUUUCGUUGCCUGAAUGAGAAAGUCACAGCCUUGCUUAGUUUAUUCAACCUUUCUUAUUAAGAGUGAUCGGCAUAAAAUAAUUAAACAUAAAUAGAUCAAGAAUUAUACAAAAAUCUCAACAUUUACAAAGACAUAAACGAAAUCACAGACAUAUAAAUAAGAUUAACAAAAAACAAAGCAACGGUACUUAAGCGAUAAAUAGAACCAACUUGCAUGUUUUUUUGUGAAAGCUGAAGCUUACCUGCAAUGAAAUAUAAAUAUAAAUAUCAAUAUCUAAAUAUUUGAGAGAUAUUAAAAAACUAGAUAAAGAAGGGGUCAUCGACUCAGGCGCUUCUUACCCUGGCAGGAAUAGUCCCAAAAACGUCAAGUAGAUUGACUCUAUACUCCCUACGCCUACGUUGGAGGUUUCAAAGAAAAGAACGCAUUUUCGAACAAUAGAAAUCCAUUAGGUACUUUCUAAGGAAUUGCAAAAAUGCGAUAAAAAUGAGGCUGACUGUGACACAAAUAUGCAUGUCUGCUGAUGUAAAAAUGUAUGAUUCAGUUGAGUAGAUACAGUGAAGAUGGAAACAUAAACAGUUGUAACAUUUUUAUCAUUACGUUUUACGUAAGCAAUUAAUUGGAACUAGGGUUAUACGAGUCAUUAUACUGAGGUGCUUUUGAUUGUGCAUCUUAUAUCUCGCAAGAUAAAAACUGCGUACGACCCCCGGACGAAUCCGGGGAAUCCGGGCGGAUGGCAGCCCAACGUUAACGCUAUAUUCUUUGAUAUUAGCAGCAUCCACCAAACUUUACACUUUUCGUCUAAACCAAUUUGCCCUUUGAAUCACACCAUGUAUUACUAUGUACUAAUGCUUGCCUGCUAUCACAGGAACUACAAUCAUUCUCUUCAAGUGUACGAGAACUAGAUUUAGAUAACCUCUUAAAAAUCUGGUGCUCGAUCGAUUGAUAACGUGAUAUAUACGAUACGCGGCUUCAAGUAUGUUCAGUUUGAAUCAAACUUAAAAAAUGCUUGUCAAGUUCCUCGGACUCUUGCUGCUAGCAUGUGUUGCAAUCGUGAGAGGUGACAUCUUCGGUACACCAGAAAUCGAGUUCCGUGAUGGAGAACCAAUUGUCCAUGGGAAUUUUGAGGGCAUAUGGGAAAACAUUAGUUUCGUGGAAGCAUUACAGCAGUUACAAAAUAGCCAUUUGGAUGUGUCAUUGAUAGAGAAAGCGAAUAUUUCUUCAGGAUGCAACGACCAACUAUUGGAGAUUGUCAGGAAUCGGCCUUCCAUAGGGAUACGAAUGUUGGAUGCUGCUUCAAAGAUUCCAUCAGGUGUGAUGGAAGUAAGCAGACUUGAUCUGGGGAACUUUGACGAAUGCGUUUUAAUAGAACACGAUUAUAGCAAAGGGAAGAUACGAGGAAAAUACUGUACAGCCGGACUAAUAGUACCAGAUUUGAAAAAUGUAUCAGAUAAAGACUUGAUGUGGAAGUUGGCGAUCUGUAUACCAGACCAAUGCAGCGCCAGUGAUAUGAGGAGCCUUUUCAAAUAUCCACUUUUCACUGAUUCGGUAUGUACCACGAAUGAACCGAAACAAUGGGAAGCUGGCAAUAUAAUAACUCUGUAA